CAGGUGAUCUGCACCAAUACCCAGCGCUACAGGCAUGGCUGUCUCAGUGCUGCGGCUGACAAUUGUCCUGGGACUACUCGUCUUAAUCCUGACUUGCCAGGCCGAUGAUGCAUAUGACAAACCAGAUGACAAGCCAGAUGACUCAGACAAAAACCCAGAGCAAGAAUUCCCCAAAUUCCUAAACCUCUUGGGCACAGAGAUCAUUGAGAAUGCAGUGGAGUUCAUCCUCCGCUCCAUAACUAGGAGCACAGGAUUUGUGGAAUUUGAUGAUAAAGAAGGAGAACAUUCAGCAAAGUGACUUCCCCAGGACACACCCACAAGGCUCCAGAAUAACCUAAGGGCAGCCAAUCCUGCUUUUCCAGUUCUGCUUUAUGAGUCCUCCAGAACAGAGGCCCCAAAAGGAGCUCCAAGCAAGUUCUCAGGAUUCAGGACCUGGCUCAGCCAAACACAACUUAUUUUGAACAUCCUGACUGCAUUCUUACCUCUAGAAAUCAGAAUAAAUGUGUCUCCUUAGGGGUCACAUAUCCUAGGGAACUGAGAAGAUUUUUAUUGGUAGCAGUAGUAACUUUCCUGAGCAUAUUUAAAGUUUUUAAUUAUGCCAAAAAAUAUAUAUAUAUACAAAAGUUAUUAUGAGCCAGAAAAACCAAAGAAUGGUUCAAAAUAAGGAAGCUAAUGCCCAGAUAAAGUAACACAUCCAAAGUCACAGAAUUAGGAAAUGACAGAAAGGGAAUUUGAACCUGACUCCAAAGAACUAACUCUUAACCCAUAAAAAUAUAUGAAGUUUCAGAGUUCAAAGCUUCAUAUGUUCUUUCUGGAAAGUCUUUCAGAUACAUCUGAGCCCACUCUCCUCGCUAGGUAAACUAAAAACCAACCAUUUUUCAAAUAAACAAGCUUAUUACUUGUUCCAGAGAGUCUUCAUUAUUCUUACAGAAUAGCAGAGUGCCGGGGAUGGGAGAGUCCUGGAAAAGUCUCACGGAGCUCUUAAUUUGCUCUACCACCCAUUACACCGAGGCGGGGCCUGGUAGCCAUUGCUACAGAACUUGCCAACUUGGUAAUAGAAGAUGGAACCCCUGUAUAACCUGACCCAGCUGAGCCAGAAAGAUUCUCCCAGAAUUAUUUGUGUGGCCAGUAAGACCAGACUGAAAUCAUGGAGCAUGAUGAUAAUUAUGGCAGUGCUCUAGAAUAAAGGAUGUCUGUACUUCUGCUACUGGGUUCUCAACAGCUGUCCUGCGUCUGGCCUUUCCUAAGCACUCUGACUCUGA